AUGGUCAAAGUUCUGCUCGCCCUGUUGCUCUUGGCCAUCUUCGUCACAGCCUCGCCUGCCAUCCUACGCGGCUCCACAAGCUGCUCCGGCCAGUACCGCUGCAGCUACAACCUCUCGGGCAUCGAGACCUGCGAUAUGCGUGGAUGGCACACGGCUGCGACGUGCAAGAAUACAACAUGCAUUGUCAAUGUAGGGAACGGUAUUCCUUACUGCAAUGACCCGUGA